UCUAAAGUCAAAGAGCAUAUCCUGAAAAGUCCUGCCUCUGCCCAGCAGUGAACAUCAUCUCUUGGCACCCAUUCCUCAUCCUCAUUGUACUUCCCUUUCGGAGACCGGGCCAAAAUAGUGAGCUCUCUUAAAAGCUGAGUUUAUUCAGGAUGCAUAGAUGGCAAUGAGGAUUAAAAUCCAGUUUGGUGUGUGUCGAAAGGUGCCUGGAAUGGUGCAUUCAGUGGACUCACAUCUCAAAUCCUUGUGGAUUCUCCACCACGUUCCUAAUGUUGGCACGGCUGUCUUUAGAGUCCAGGCGAAGCAAGGUUUAGCAAAAAAUGACACUGAUGUUUUGAAGAGAGGCAUGACAAGGAAGAAUGUCACAUUACAGGAGCAAGCAAUAAAGGGUAAAAGAGACGUGGUGGAUCUGUUAAGAAAAUCAAACUCACCUGGUGAAGAAUUUAUUACAGUUGAAGGUGAGAAAGAGCAACAGUGUGUAGUAACUGGCAUUGGGAACACGUACGUCUCCACAUUCAGAGAAAGUCAGUUUGAGUUUCGUGGGCACUGCAUGUAUAUGUUACUCACUGAACUGAAAACACCCUCUGCCUUCAGCAUUGUGCUUGACCAACAAGAGGAUUGUCUGAAAGGGAAGUGCACCCGAAACAUCUUCAUAAGCAAAGGGAAUUUGCCUCGAUUGGAGCUGAUAAAUAUGACACAGUUCAUUCAACAACAUGGGCAGUCCUUUCCAAUUUCCUACAGUGGAAUGCAUAUCUAUGGCACACAGGAAGAGCUGCUUAUCGAAAUUAACAAGCAUCUGACAGUCCACUGGAAUGGAAAGGGAACAGUUAUGGUUUCUUUGAAGAAGCAGAAAGAUUUGACUGGUCUUUGCAGCUACUCAAAUGAUGUUUUGGGCCAGACGGCUGCAGCCAUGUGGGAAUUAAAAAUGAACGGGAGGUCCUGCGUUACCAAGUUUGCUGCAGAUCAUCAGCUGUGUCAGGCUUCAGUAGCUUGCUUAGACAAAGGGGAUUAUGGCCAAUGUUCUUUGAAAACAUUAAACAUUCUCCAGCGCGCCUGUAAGAAUGAUGCCUGCUGGGGUAAUGAAAUCUGUUCGUCACUUUUAAUGUUGCUGAGACAAUGUGCUACAGGUGGGAUUGAAAGCCACGUAACAGCAGAAACGAAGCACUGUUUGCCAGAGUGUCGUCCCUCAUACUAUUUCAGUUACAACGUCAGUAUUUGUCCCAAAACCUGUCAGACCUACUGGAAGAAUAUGCAGUGCAAGGGGCCAGCUCUCAUGGGAUGUGUCUGUCCUGAUGGUUUAAUUUCUUACCGUGGGAAGUGCAUCCAGCCUGAAGACUGUCCGUGUUUGUAUGAUGGACAAGAGUUUGAAAGUGGAAAGAGUGUGCAGUUGCAUUGUUUUAAAUGUGAUUGCUACGCUGGACAGUUGGAAUGCAGUGAGUCAGAUUGCCCAGUGGUUUGUUCGGUCACGGGUAGUCAGUACAUCACGACCUUCGAUGGACUUCAGUACUAUUUCUAUGGUGGAUGUGUUCAUAUCUUAGUGAAAGCUGAUGCAUUUGUCAUCUACAUUGGCACAAACACAUGUCAAAAGGCUGAGAAUGGUAACUGUAUUGAAUACAUAAUUCUAGCAAUCAAGAAGCUUGGAAUAUCAAUUAAGAUGACCAAAACUGGCCGUGUCCUUCUUGGACAGAAAGAGAUUGGGCUUCCCUAUGUCUACGAGGCAGCCCCUUUCUUGAGUGUCCGCCUGGCAUCUUCAAUGUUCCUGGAGAUACUGAGCGCUUCUGGUGUGCAUGUCCAGUACGAUUUCAAAGGUGGCAGAGUCUAUGUAAUCAUGUACCAAUACACAAUCGGAGAAACUCUUGGGCUUUGUGGAACAUUUACUAGGAACCACCUGGAGAACUUAAUGUCUGCAAAUUACUUGAUUGAUUCCGUGCCAAGGGUCUUUGUCAACUCUUGGAAAGCAAGUCCACAGUGUAUCGACAUACCCCCAUUGCCAGUGUAUGCCCCUUGCAAGGGUAACCCUCAGAAAGAGUCCUAUGCAAAAGAGAAGUGCAGUAUCAUCAAGAGUGGCAUAUUUAACAGCUGUCAUUUCAUCAGUUCGGACCAGUUCUAUGAUCAGUGUCUGCAGUAUGUCUGCAGUUGUUCUGACCCUCAGAAAUGUAUGUGUUUGGCUCUAGCCAAUUAUGCCCACUUUUGCCUUCUGUAUGGUGUCUACAUUGAUUUCCGAGCUGCAGUUCUCGAGUGCGCGGUGAAUUGCACUAAUGACAUGGUGUACACUGUAGAGAAGUACACGUGUGAAAGAAAUUGUUACCACCUGAGUACUGGGAAAAGCUGCCACUUUCUCCCAUCGUCAGGCCCCGUAGAAGGAUGCAGGUGCCCUGAGGACAUGUACUACAACCCACACACUCAGACCUGUUCUGACACCAUAGCGGAUUGUCCUUGUUACUUGAAUGAGUUGGUGUAUAAACCUGGUGAGAAGACAUUGUCACCUUCUCCGAUGAAGUACCAAGACUGUGUCUGCAAGGCAGCUGAAAUCAACUGUUCUCAAGUUUUAGUUUAUCGGAAAGAACAGUGCACGAAAAAUGAAGUGUACGUAAACUGCACGGGUAAUGAAGUUGGGAAGAAGUGCGAGCCAAGCUGUGAGAGCCUCAACAACAAGCAGAACUUGUGCUCAUUCACCUGUGAAGAAGGCUGCAUGUGUAAGCCAAACUUUGUUCGAAGCCCAGAAGGUAGAUGCAUCAACAAGAAUAUGUGCCCAUGUAAACAUGAUGGCAUGCUAUACUUUCCGGGAGAGAUCUUCCUGGACAACUGCAACGUGUGCACGUGCCUGGGAGGACUGGUGAACUGCAGAGAAGCUGACUGCAGCAAGACCUGCGUUGCCUAUGGCGAGUCCCAGUACGUUCUCUUUGACAAACUUUGGCUGGAAUAUCAAAGCAACGACUGCAAAGUUUUGCUGACUGAAUCAAUGUCGAACACCACAGACGUUCCCUUCAAGGUGGAGGUGCAAAAUGCUGCCUGCACCAGCUUUGGAAGGGGCAUUUGCAGGAAGAAUGUUUAUGUCACUGUUGGCGCUGUUACCCUAACACUGGAUAGCACAGAUGGGAUCAUUCCGUAUCCAGAAGACCCGAGCUCUCCAUUCCGAAUAUCUCAUCUUGGCUUCUUCGUCAUUGUGGAAACUGUAGUCGGCCUGACCGUAUUGUGGGAUUUACAGAUGCAAGUGCUAGUUCAGAUUAAACCUGAACUCAUGAAAUAUGUGCAUGGUUUUUGUGGAGAGGGAGAUGAAUCGGUGUCAGCUCAUCUUCACAACAUCAAAACACUUGGCUCAGAUUAUGGUAAACAGUGGGUUAUGUCCACGUGCAAACCUCUUCUGGUGGACAUUCCGAAAGCAGAGGACAUUGGUUACGCAGAGACUCAGUGCAAUCAGCUAUUGGGUAAACUGUUCUCCUCAUGUCAUCAAGAGAUUCACGUUGACCAGUAUUACAAAUCCUGCAAAUCGGUGACUGCAAAGUGCUACAAAGGAAAGGGGGAUAUGUGUUACUGUGGCUCCAUUGCUGCCUACAGCCAAACAUGUUGCCGGGAGGGAAUCAUCAUUGACUGGAGGAAGCCAGACAAUUGCCCAUCUGACUGUGAGAAUUAUAACCGAGAACCUGGCACUGGACCAUUUUCUAUCGUUAAUAAGAAUGGUCAGGCCAUUUCCGUAGAGACGUCCACAAGAGGUCUGUCGUUAGUAAAGCAGAGCAGCUCGAAAGAACUGCGGACAAGCUUUAUGGUCACACCAGCUCUGUACAAAGCCAUUGCCACGUCGUCGGACUACCUUUCACUGGAAUCUGUGAAGUACCCGAAUUAUUUUGUCCGUUAUUAUGAUAAUGGGACAGUUUCUCUUGAGAAGUGGCAGAUGGCUAAUGAGUUUCUGAAACAAGCCUCAUUUGUCAUCCAUAAGAAUAGAUGGUUUGACAAUCACAAUGCAUUUGAAUCAUACAUUUCUCCAAACCACUAUCUCACUGCCGAUCCAAAUGGACAUUUGUCAAUGAGAGGCUAUACUGCCGGGAAUGAGGACAAUAUGAGCUUCACGUACGCAGGGAGUGACUCUGUGAAGAUAAAUUACGUCCUGUGUAAGUGGAGGUAUCGACCGUGUGAAAACCCUUGUACAAAGACCUGCCAGGACCCGCUGGGAGCCAAGUGUACACUGAUAUUAAAAAUUGAAGGCUGUUUUCCAUACUGUCCAGAAGAUACACUACUGGAUGAAAUAACACACAGAUGUGUGCAUCUGGCUGACUGCAACUCACCUGCAACAUCGCUUGUAAUGGAACCAGAAGCUGAGAGUGAACCCUUGGCCACUGGCUCCAGUUCACACUCAUUUGAACCCAAACUCACUGAGAACCGUGCAAACUCUUCCUCAGCAACGGCCACCAAUAUACAUGGCACUGCUUCAGAUGCUGUGGUAAAUCACAUCGUUGUUAAUAAGGAACUCUCCACCAAUGACAUGACCCCUCUAAUGUUGGGCGACCACUCCACCGCAGAGCCUAUUGAUACUGUCAAAAUCUCGACCAAUAGAACUCCAGAAGACUGGGAUACCAGAAGAAGUACCAUUCACCCAAUAGGAAGCAGCCACACUAACGAAACUGCUCCUGGAACUAUGGGUAUUCUCCUUAAUGAAACUACUCACAAUACGAGCAGAAUCGAAGACAAACCCAACACUACUACUCUGGAAAAUUACUCCAGUACAGCCUCUCCUGCAACUGAAGGUAUGCAGUUGAAAAUAGCUGUUCAUGAAAUUACAGCCACCUACAACAACGCAACCCAUUUUGCAACAAGGGAGUCCCAUGCCACUGCAAGGUAUCCUGAGACUAGGGAACCCCAAGCUCAUGCAGCCAAUCCUGAACGUACUGACAAUCGCGCCACUGUAAUUGGUCCUGAAACUGGAAUCAUCCACACACAUACAGCUAGUUCUGAAACUACAGGUGUCAACUAUAGAGCCACACCAGCGAUUACAGGUAAUGACACAGUCUCAGUUUUCCGUGAGACUCGCAGCAUUAACAAAACCACUCCAGGAACUUUGUACAAUGUUGAUACAUCUGCUUUUGAACCUAUAAGGAACCAUGACAAUAUAAUUAUUUGGGAUACCAGAGGAUUCCACAGUGAUAAAAGUGUUCAGGAUACGAGGAAUGCACUCAGUGGCUAUAAAACUGCUCCACUAACAAUGAGCAAAGACUCGGCUGUUUCAGAAAUUCCUCAUUCUUCUGCUGAUCCAAUAACCUCUGAAACAAGGGAAAGAGUCAUAAUCAAAAUCACCUCCAGGAACCUGAGAAACAUCAGGGAAAUCUCCGCAAAAGCUCCCAAAGAUAAGAAGAUGGAAACCCAUGCAGCUGCUGCCGAAACUAGUGUUACACUCAUCAAUACGUCUGCUCCAGAAUCUAGAUUCACUCACACCGACGCAACACAUAACCACACUAAUGCAUUCCCUGAAAUUAACGUGAAAUUCCCUGAAGCCAGUGUCACCUUCACCAAUAUGACCUAUAUCAAAGCUAGGAGCAGCUGGGAAAAUGAGACCGCUCCUCAACCUCGUGACACCCACACCACUGCAGCUCUCAAAGCAAAUCUCUUACGUACAGAUGCAACCUCUCCAGCACCCACCAGCAUCCACACCAAUGUUUCUAAAGCAAGUGAUGCCCACAACAGUCCUGAAACUAGCAUCGUUUUAACCAGUAGAACUUCUGAAAUUAGUGGCACCUACACCACGACAGCUGGAAUUGUCCACAUCACUGCAAACACCCCAGGAACCAGAAUAACCCAUAAUUCAGCCCCUCCUGAAAAUAGUGACAUCCAGCCCGAUAAAGCUGUUCCUGACGGUAGUGUCAUUGACAUUAAUACCACCAACCAUGAAGCUAACACCACCUACACCACUGUAAGAGUUCCCGAAGCAAGAGGCAGCCAUUACAAUGGAACUUCUGCUGAAAUUGUUGAUACCCCCACCAGUCCUGAAUCUGCCGUCAUCCUCAACAAUGCAACCUCUCCUGGUUUCAGCGCUCCUCGAACUGGCAUCGACGGAGCUGCUCCUGAAUUUAAUGUCACCCAUGUCAAUGCCGCCAGUCCGAAAGCCAGCACCAACCCCGAUAACUUCUCUGCUAAACCUAGAGCUGCCUAUGUCAGUGUAAGUACUGUUGUCCACACUAAUGCAACAGCUCAGGUAAUGCAUGUGAGCCAAUCUGGUGCAACCAGUAGGGAAAUGCAUACCAAUGCAUCUCUCAAUGGAACCAGACACACGGAGAAAAAUUCAGCUCUUGUUGAACCUAACGUUCAUACUAAUAUAACUGCCUGGGAAGCUGGCAUCCUCUAUGUCAACACAACGGCUGCUGAAGCGAGUGCCAUGCUGUCCGAUGCAGCCACAGAGACUAGCAUUACCUACACCGAUGCAGUCUCUCCUGAAAUUGCUGGCCUCGACAACAAAGCAACAAUUGCUCAGACCGCUGCAAGCAAAACGGCUCCUAUCAAGAAUAAUGCAACCCACACUAGUGAAACCUUUACCAGUACAUCUGCCCCUGAAACUACCACCCCUGUCAACGAAACUAGCAUCACCAACACUUCUCCACCUGAACGUCGUCUCACCCGUGUCAAUGAGACUGACAACCCACAAACCAAUAGAACUGCUUUCGAUUCUAAUGUCGACCACACAGAUACACCUGUUCUUAAAACUAACAACACCUACAUUAACGCAACGGCAAGUGAAAUUCAUGUCAGCCGCACCAAUGAAAAUUCUCUUGCAACUACCAGUAGUUACGGAACUGAAAUUAGCAUCAACCACGCUAAUGCAACAGUUCAGGAAAUGAGUUUCACUGACUCAAGUGUAAGCCCUGCUCAUGUGACCGGCUCACAAGCUGGUGCAACCUCCCCUGAAAGCUGGAAUCCUCACACCAAGGCAGCAGGUCCUGAAGAUAGCAUUGUCUGCGCCAGUGGUGAAAUCAGUGUAAUCAAUAUUAAUGCAACUUCUCCUGAAAACACUGCCACUUACACCAAUGCAACCACUCCUGAUUCGCAUGUCACGCACUCCGAUGCAAUGGGUCCUGAAACUGCCUUCAUCCAAACCAGUGCAGCCACACCUGAACCUAGGGAGGCCCACACCCAGACAACUUCUCUUGGAACAAAGCACAGCUACAUCAAUGCAUCCGAUCGUGGAAUUAGGGACAUUAAUGUCCAUUUAUCAAUGGGGAAUUAUACUGUGUCAGCCCCUCCUGGAAUUAGUGCAGCUGAACAAAGGAAAAUGGCUGCACAUCGAACCCUUUCUGGAGUGUGGAGCAGCUCCACCAAUACUACUGCCCCUGAAACUAUGGACCAUGAGCUCAAUACAAUAGAUCAAAUGACCUUGGAUAUGAUCAUCAAUGCGCAGGUCCGUGAAAGCUUUAGCAUCAAACCCAAUACAACAACUCCUGAAAUCAGAGAUGCUGCACCCUCUGUAAACUUCCAUGAAGUGUUUAGUGCCCACAGGAAUAUCAGGAACCACAUGAUAAUGGACAAUAUCAUUACUUUCAUGGGUCUGAAGACACGGAAAACCAAAAGCAAUGCAAGAGCAUUGGAAUUGGGUCUCACCAGUUCAACAAAAACGCCCGAAACUGCAGCUGUCAAAUCUAUUACAGGCACUUCUGAGAUAAAGGGCUCCAGGACAAACACAACUGCUCUGGAAAGAACUGGCCACAACAAGAAUCCCACUGCUCCUGAGACCACUGGCAAUGAUCUGCUCACUGCUGGACCUGUGGUCACCAGCUACAGCACUCCUGGAACGGGUAUCUCCACCAACACAACUCCUAAAACUGCGGUUACUGAGACCAAUUCAACUGUUGCCACAACUAGAGGUAUCUCCACUAGUGCGACAGCUCCUCAAACCCUUUCCUGUGAUGAAACAAAAUGUGCCCAUCCUCCCACGUGUGACACGUAUGGAGAAGCCCCUAUUUAUUCUGUGAAUGUCAGUGAUCCCUGUUGCAAUAUUACAACGUGUGGUCCUGUGUGUUCUUUCAAUAACACCUUCAUCAUGCCUGGCCAAACCAGACAGCGCCUCGAUGGACAAGCCUGUACUACAUUCACUUGCACCAAUGAACUUAAUAGUGAUGGAUUUCUGACAUUAAAUGUGUCCACACAGACGUGCGAGACAUCUUGUGAUGAGGGUUUUGAGCAAAGGAAGUCAAAGGACAAGAACGUAUGCUGUCCAGAGUGUGUUCAAGUAAACUGUGCUUACAUCUCGCCAAAUUCUUCUGAAAUCAUCUUGAUCAAGUUACAGCAGACAUACAUUGUCGAUAACUGUACCCGUGUUCUCUGUGUGGAGAUUGAUGGUCACCUUGUCACUGAGGUGGUAUCCGUAAUUUGCCCGGAAUUAGAUGAAGCUGUGCACAGAGUGUCUGGUGGCGAGAUUGUCGCAGAUUCCUCCAACUGCUGUCGACAUUGUACCUAUCAACAGAUGAUUGCACAAUGCAGUAAGACAAUGAAGAAUGUUAAACUGAUGGCCGGGUCCUGCUCUGCUGAGGCAGUUAUUGCAGUUUGUGAGGGGCGGUGUUCCUCCAUCAGCUGCUACGACCCAUCCUCGGAGCGCACGGCAGCACACUGCAGCUGCUGUCUACCAGAUGGUGCCAAGUCUACAGAAGUCACCUUGACCUGUGCCAACGGCAAGACCCGUAGAUACAGCAUUACCGAACCAGGUUCCUGCCGCUGCAGGACCAGCUGCUGUACAGGGUUUGGAUUCCACAACGAACCAAUGCAAGAGCAUUCCCAAAGCUCUUCACCCAGUGUCACAGAAAGGACGUCUCAAUAACGUGGAAAGGCAGUUGUUGAAGGACAGUGUCACUGCAGCGGUGUAGAUGGCUUGCCUGUAGUUUUGCAUUGUAUAAAUCAUAUUUUCUGAAUAAAUCUCUCUCACUCUG